UGCGUAGAAAUUGACAUUUUGAUAAAUUAAAAGAAUUAGCUAUGAUCAUCAGACCCCAGAAAUCACAAGCUGAGGCAUCAAGAUUUUUUUGAUGAAGAAGUAGCCUAACAAUUUUCCAAACAUAUAAACAGAGGAUAGAUUAGCCAAUCAAAAGACAGAAAAUCCAAACUUCCCCAUGGCAACACAGAAGAACCAAACUGCACCCACCUGGCUCUCUCCCUCUCCCUCUCCCUCUCCCUAUAAAUAUCUCUGUAUGGACAGGAGUUUCCAUGUCAGGGUUUUUUAAAAGAAUCCGAAAAAAAUCCGAAAAAACAGAUAAUUUUUUGAGUGAAAAACGCAGUCUUUAUCAUUGCCCAGAUUACAAAAUAAAGAGAGAAACAAAAGGGACCCUUCAAAGUUAUAUACUUCUCUUUAUGACAACCUUGAAAAGAGCCUCAGUGAACAUGAAAUUCUGUGAAGUGGGGUACUAAGGUUUUUGUAGUUUGUCUUCAUCUUUUCCUUGAAAGGGUUUGUGCCAUUUUUAGUAGUUCUUUAUUGCAAAUAUGGCAUCAUCAAAUAAUAGUACACACACUGAGGCUGCAGAGAUGGAACAAAUUAUCACUGAAUUUUUUCCUAAGAGUCUUCAGAUUAUACUUGAGUCGAGGUCUCCUUUCAUGUCAUCGCGUAAUUAUAGUGGUGAACAAAUGGUAUCCUUAUCUCCAUCUUCUUCUUCCUCCUCCUCGCCGAGUGUGAGGCCAAGAGAUAAAUGGUUCAAUUUAGCUCUUAGGGAAUGCCCGGCUGCUCUUGAGAAUCUUGAUCUUUGGCACCAAAGCUAUUUGGAACCGAUGAUUGUUGAUGUGAUUUUGGUGCAGGUGCCACCAGUUCGGUGGGAUCCUGUGAAUUAUCCCCCCCAAAGGGAGCCUGUUAGGAAUUUUUCGACCAAGGAUCAGUAUCCAUUUCACUGGAAUUCAGAUCAGGAAGAAUUAGGGUGUGAGGGUAAGAUUGAAAAGAUUGUAGAGAGGUGGGAAGUGCAGUAUGAGGGUCGGAAGUCAAGGGAUAGUGGUACUGGGAGCAGGAAACUUAGCAAUACCUUUCAAACAUGUUAUAUGAAAUCAAUAUUACUUUUCAGGUCUUUGUAUGCAACUGUUAAGCUUUUACCUGCAUAUAAAAUUUUCCGUGACCUCAAUUCAUCAGGGGAAAUUCGUGCAUACACGCUUACACAUAGGGUGUCUUCUUUUGUUGAGCCCUUUACACGCGAAGAAGAGGCUGAAAUGCAGCGAUUUGUGUUCACCCCAGUGGAUACUUCCUGUGGUAGGCUUUGCCUUUCGGUGCUGUAUCACUCUUCAUUAUCAGAUUUCAGCUCUGAGUCUUCAACUCCUGUGUCCCCCCAAUUUAUCCCAGAUUAUGUUGGGAGUCCUUUGGCAGAACCAGUGAAGAGAUUCCCCUCUCUUCCUGUGUCGCAAGGUUCUCUGUCAUCUUUGCCAUUCUCAAGACAACAUAGUUGGUACUAUGACCAUAAUAAAGCCUCACCACCUUCAUUUUCUUUCUCACCAUCACCUAAUCGCUCAGGAAAGCAUGGAUCAAUAUCUAAUCCUAGUUCCUGUCGAUUCCAACCUUCGAGCUUGCCUCCUCAUCCACCUGAAGUGCCUUCAGUUCAUAAGAAGAAUACGAGCUUUGAUGAACAUUAUCCCUCUCCUAGCUACACACCAUCUCCAUCCCCAUCACCACCAAUCUAUAUUCCUGAGACUCAUCUUUCCACAGCUGUUUCACAAUCUGAAAGUACACCUGUUAGCAUACCUGCUACCAAGCAUGCUAGUUCUCCCCUGUUGUCCAACAAGCAAAACUUGCCCCCAUCUCCACCACUCAAAGCUACCACAUCUUGCAAUCCAAAGACUGAUGAAAGUACAGGUUUGGUUCACCCUGGUGCAACAGACGAGAAGUUGUUCUCUCCUCGGAAAGAUGACAUUAGAAAAUAUGCCAGCGUGAAAACACUAUCCAACAGCUCUCCGCAGAUUUCAUUUUCCAGAACUUCCAGCAGACCUGAGACAUUUGAUAAAAAAGGCCAUCUAUCUGACCCCCUUGAGCCCGGAGGUCUCUUUCCGAUUAAAAAAUCCCAAGAUGCAGCUGUUGGUGCUCUUGUACACACGCUGAUGAAACCCCCACCUUUAUGCCAAGACUUCUCUGGUUCGGCUGCUUUGCCACCAGAUUCUAGGUCCAAAAUGUGGAGCUGCAACCUCCAAGAAUACAAUCCAAUCUCCGUAGCACCAGCGGGCCAGCAGGCUGCUGCGUCUGGUGUUGCAUCUUCAGGUCUCAUUGCUUCAAAAACAGCAGCUGAUGCAUUGGAAGAACUGAAAAGAUACGAAGAAAUGAAAGACUUGUUGCUUAUUCAAGCUGGCAGGUCCAACGCUUAAGCUAAUUAUGCUUCAACGCCAAAUCCUACUAGCAGCAGUGCAACUGGAUAUUGAACUCGUGUUGAUGAUUGCACAUCUGUACAUAGUCUUGGUUUAAGAGGUGAUUUCAUGGUUUAUAGGAAAGCGCCCAUAUCCUUGUGUAUGAGGCGACAUGAGAUGAUGAUGAUGAUGAUGAUGACAACCGAGGUUAAUGUAACAACAGUGAUGUUGGUGUUCUUGCAUUAACGCCAAUUGGGCAGGCUGUUAGAUAGCUUAAAUGGUGUUGUAGGGUCACUUUACUUUUAGGAGUAUAUAACUGAGGUUGAGUUCGCAUC